CUGGCGAGGGCUGUCGUGGACGAGCCCGUGAUUACGUCAGCGCGGCCGUUAGUAGCAGUGACGAAGAGGCACAGAUCAUCCGGACAUGGCGUACGCUUAUCUCUUCAAAUACAUUAUCAUCGGUGACACCGGUGUCGGUAAAUCAUGCCUACUGCUGCAGUUCACAGACAAGAGGUUCCAGCCAGUUCACGACCUGACAAUUGGUGUAGAAUUUGGUGCACGAAUGAUCACAAUUGACGGCAAGCAAAUUAAACUCCAGAUAUGGGACACAGCUGGUCAGGAAUCUUUUCGCUCUAUCACAAGGUCAUACUACAGAGGCGCCGCCGGUGCAUUAUUAGUUUAUGAUAUUACAAGGAGAGACACAUUCAAUCAUCUGACCACUUGGCUUGAAGAUGCCCGUCAGCAUUCGAACUCAAACAUGGUGAUUAUGCUAAUUGCCAAUAAAAGUGAUUUAGAAUCAAGGAGAGAAGUAAAAAAAGAAGAGGGGGAAGCAUUCGCCAGAGAACAUGGUCUAAUUUUCAUGGAAACCUCAGCAAAGACGGCUUCAAAUGUGGAGGAGGCUUUCAUCAACACAGCAAAAGAAAUUUACGAAAAAAUUCAAGAAGGUGUCUUUGACAUUAAUAAUGAGGCAAACGGCAUUAAAAUUGGACCACAAAACCCAAUGCCUGGACCUCCUGGACCACACAACGCAGGACAAGCUGGUGGCAGCUGUUGUUGAGCCUGUCCUUUUUUUCACCCACUCUCCGAGGAGCCUGCUGUGGCUACUUAACUUGUUCAUAGGCUAUUUACAUGUACUUUUACCUAUUGCCCCGCCCCUCCUCCAGAGUUUCAAUGUUCACUUUAAAGAGAGAUUUUGGAAAUUGUAUUCAUACUGUAUCUAUUUGCUUUUUUGAUUUCUAGGUUUAUUGAUUGUGAUUGUUUCAAUGUCGUCUUGUUCCCUUGACUAAAAACUGAAUUCUCAACACUAAAAUGUUUUCAUAGUAUUUUAAAUGGUUUGUGUGACUAGGAUUCACAGAUCUGUGGUGACCUGUUCAAAGGGACUUGAAAUCAAAUAAUAAAGAACAUUUGGAGACGCCUUUUUUCUCUCUACCAAUAUGUUUUUAAUGAUGGAGACUGGGUGAUCUAUCAGUAACAUGAUUGUGCAUGCUAUAAUUGUUUCCAUAUGUGCUGCCCAUACUACAUUGUCUUCUCGUUAGGUGGACAGUAUUGUAAUGAUUGAGAUGCUUAACUGGUGAAGUCACCAAGGGUUUGAGCCAAGAUCAAAACUUAAAGGGGUCGGCUUAUCUCACACAUUGAUGGCAUACUACUAGGAUAUGGCACCAAUGUCAGAUAGGUUCGGGUCUCUACUUCUUUGUGACCUACUCCUGUCUCCAGAAUGGGGCUGCCGAAGUGACCGGAGAGCAGCCACACAUAAGCAGCCACCUUCCGUUCACCGUUGUGGGAGUGUCAAAAAUAGCACAGCAUCAGUUCGGCUAUUUUCAGCAGUCCCAUAGCAGUAAGUGGCUGCUUGCGCGGUUUGCCCUCUAUUCACCGCUAUGGGACUUCCGAUGACAGACAGUCAUGUUCACUCGCCUAUUUUCAGAGCUCCCAUAGCAAUGUAUGGAGAGCAUGUGGUCUUCACUUCAGGGUCCCCGUUCUGGUAAUUGGAGCAGGUCCCAGAGGUGGGACCGCUACCUAUCUGACAUUGAUGGCAUAUCCUAGCGAUGUUCCACUAAUGUGAAAUAAGACAACACAUGCACCCCCUUCCUUUUAACCAUGUCCAUAGGAUAGGGCAUAAGCAUCAUAUUGGUAGGGUCUGACUGCUGGGACCCCCACCGAUCAUAUGAAAGGAAGUUUCAAUUCCCCUCAGCAAAUGAAGCGCUGAACUCUAUUUCCAGAAAACACGUAGAGAAUGAAUGGAACUGCAGUGCUGUUUUUGUGGAAUCUGGAUCCCCGUUCAUAUAAUUACUGGGGGUCAUAUAAUUACAAUGAUCAGACCCCCCUUCCCCUUUCCCCACUAGUGAGAUGCUUAUCCCCCAUAUCGCGUGCAUAGGAAGUUUUGAUAUUGGUAAAACCAUUUAAGGGUUAUUCUGGUUCCAGCAAAUAAAACAUUCAUUUCAUUUUCUGAACUUUUGUAGCACACUUUUGGUUGCACAAUUUUCAAACUCUUUGCUUGCAGUCAUUGAAUGGGAACCUUCAGUGUGCACUUCCAGGGGAUAAAAAUCUGUCCUGGUCAUGGGAUCAUAUAGGUGAAGGGCUCUAUCUACUGUGCACCUGUGUGAUCAUUAUAUGACCAGGAUAGAUCUCGAUCACCUGUAAGCAAGCAAUGAAGGUUCCUAAUCAGUGACAACAAGUUAAGAUCUUGGGGGGGGGGAAAAAAGGUUUACUAGAAAUUGUGAAACUUUUCAUGAUACACCAAAUAUGUUUAAUUUGCUGACACCGAAACACCCCAUUGACUUCAGGGCAGGCUUGGAGGGUGAUUUUAAGGUUUCGUAACACUUUCAACUGAUAGUUGGGGCACAGUACGGAAACGGUCAACAGAACAGUGGGAAAGUCAGAAGAGCCUUAAGUAGUUUACUUUAAGAAUAGCUGGGACAGACAAAGUUUUUAAUUUCUAAUAUUGGUAGACAGGAAAAAUUGCUGUAACCAAAAUGUAUUUACUCAUGUACAGUGUGCAUAGUCCUAACAUGUAAUGCUGCCAGAUACACACAAUCAAGGUGGAAGAGUGAACGUGGUGUUUUAUUAAACCUGAUGAAUUCCUGGAGAGAAUAUUCCUAAUCUGCUUUAGUCCUGCUUUUUUUUUUUUCUCAUGAAGUAAGCCAGUUGUAUCGUCAUUAUCUGAACUAGCGAGAACAUUCAUAAGGUUCUUAUUCAGUUACAGACUUCUUUAGAUUUUCUUGCACUGUUAUCAUUUUGCACAUCUUAUUGUGAAUGAAGUGACUUGUCGGUGUAAUAUUGGGGUGGUCAUGAUGAUGUAAUGUGCUGCUUUUACAUGCCCUGUGUAUUCUUUGGAAAAGGACACUGCAGUUUUGCAGCUGCAGUAAAGUGAUUGGCAGAGCCCUUGUAGUCUCUGACAACUUUCUCUCACCAUGGAGGGUCAGUGCCACUGGGAUAGUAUUUACUGCAAUUUGUGUCUCUGUAAACUGCAUUUAAGCUUAAGUUUGUAAAAAAAAAAAUGUAGGAAAUAACUGCUGAUGUCCAAUAAUAUAUGCGUAUAUGGGGUCCUUUAUCCAUUGUUCUAUGAAGUUUUAACAAUGUUCUUUAAAGGCAAUGUACACCUUUUGGGGGGUAAUUUUUCUAUUAUUGCAUUUUAUUCAUUUUGAGCUAAAAAUAUUUUUUAUAUUGGUCUUUAUUAAAAAAUAUGGCAUCUUUUUUUAUGUACAGAGCUAAGAUGCUCUAGUAGCACCCUUUUGGAUUUUCUCUCUUUUCCGUCAGACCAGGAGCUAACUGACUCCUUAUAUCUGCUCUGACAUUACAACACUCUUACUGAUAAGAAUGUGGUUUUAAUAAGUGUUUAUGACCUCAGUAAUUUAAAGAUGAGGUUUAUUAGAUGACGGCACAAAGUGAAAGUAUCAGUCGCACAACUAGAAAAACUGUUAACCCUUUGUAACAGAACACCUCAAUAUUUUUAAUAAAGGCCAGUUGAAAAAAUGACUUUUAGGCAAAAAUGCAAUCGCAAAAAAAAAAUUGCCUCCGAAGGUAUACAUAGUGUUUAAGUACACAAUUUAUUUUUCUGUUCUGAUGCAUUACCCCAUCUUAAGGUGGCCAUACACAUUCAGUAGCUGUCGACCAACAGCAAUCUCUCUCGACUUCCUCACAACUCCCUCAUACAUGUUUGACUCUGACAAACACGUAUGUGUAUUUAAUGGGGAGAGAAAGCUGCUGCCAAACACUGUUGGCUGCAGCUCAUCUCUGGGGAGACUAAAAGGAUCGGGCAAAAAUAUUUAGAUGUCAGGAGCUCCCCAUACACAUUAAACCAGGCAUGCUCAACCUGCGGCCCUCCAGCUGUUGUAAAACUACUGUACAACUCCUACAAUGCCUUGCUGUAGGCUGUUCGGGCAUGCUGGGAGUUGUAGUUUUGCAACAGCUGGAGGGCCGCAGGUUGAGCAUGCCUGCAUUAAACUGUAAGACUAGUUUCAUACUAGCGUUCCAGCUGGGAACAACCUGCCAGAUCGGCAUUGCCGGAAGCUUGUAAGUCUCCAUACAGCCCCAAUAUAAUGGGGACUGGCUAAGAUUUGCACACAUUCUGAUAAUUAUGCAGAGAAUUGGGCGGAAGGAAACUGCUGCCUACCGGAUGGCUAGUGCUAGUGUGAAACUAACUUGAACCAAUCCCGCCGUUCUUGGUGGGUUCGCCUGACAAAACACUAAUGUGUAUGGAGGCCUUCACAGUCUCUGUGCAUAGCAAGUACUGGGCCUAAUUUAUCCGAAAAUGGUUCUUGGUGCCUAUAACCAAAAAUUAGGGCUCACCUUUCAUUUCUUAAACUACUGUCAAAAUGAAAGCUGGUCUCUGAAAGUUACAUAGCGAGGCUCGAGAUUUGCUAUGUAGUGAGACUUUUCAUUUAUCCUGUACUAUUAUUACUGAUGAUCACGUGUUUUGUUUUUCCCCCACGUUUAACAUAUCUUGAGGGAAAAGGAGGUUUCCAUCCUGCAGAGUCCAGCCAAAAAAAAUUGUAUGUAAAACGGAUCCUUUAUUUUAUUUUUUAUAAUGGGACAAAAAGCUGAUGUGAAAACAGCCUAAUUCGCAUUAAAUAAAAAAAAAACUGAUGGAGACUUUUAUUCCGUAUUUUGCAAAUUUGUGGACUAAUGGAUCGCCCCUUUUUAAAGUAAACAGGAUUAGAAAACGGUGCCGCACUUCUCCACCUGAUUGUACAUCAGCCAUAUAUUCACUUCAUUGGGGCUGAGCGGCAAUACCAGACACAACCUGUAGACCGGUGUGGUGCUGGUUCUAGAAGCAAGCAGCUAUGCUUUUCUAAUCCUGUACCUUAAAUCCUAUUUGUGUGUUUGCAUUGAUCUGAUCUUCAGCAUAUUUAACAGAACAUGACUCCUGGGUGUAUACACAGAUGCAAAGUGAAAUCUAAUAAUUCCUCUAAUUACAUAAUCGGUAGGCCUCAUGCAUGUAGGUCGCCUCCACUAUAUGAAGGCUACAUGUGCACUUUAAUGUAUGAUACAUUCCAGGUUCUGAGUUGUGAAGGGGGUGACCCAAUUGAGGUGUAAUCCAUUGGAGAUGUAAAUGUCAGUUUAUUAGACGUAGGUUCGGAAAGUGGAGGAGAUGAGUCCAGUGCGGCAUGGCAGGACUGGAAAUGGUAUGUUCAGUAUUUUAUUCUUUGCAGCCCAUAAUCUCCAUUCUUUCCAUUUUCUUUUGCGUGGGUCAUGUCUGUAAAUACAUGGGAUAUUUUUAUAAUGCAGAAUAUGUUAUCUCUAAAUGCUUUCUCUUUAAUCCUGGCAUGAUCAUGGUUUACUGCUACUGGAAAUCUUUUCUUUUGCCUUAUUACUGUGCUCUGUGUUCGCAAUAAAGAUUUAUUUCACUGUAACCUUGUGAGAAUUUGAGGUCAAAGGAUGUGUUUUUUUUUUUUUGUUUGUGACACACAACAUAUGUACCACCAGCUAUCAGUCAAUACUUCAUCAUCUGAAGGGUAUUCAUGCUCUACACACAGUGGGAGGAGGCCAUUUCUGAUCCACUACCUGAACCUGGGGCAUCAGUACUGUGAUAUCCUGUAACCUCUGACUUAAAUGUCCUCAUAAAGUCUAGAGUACCAUUAUCAGUCAUGGUACAGGUUGAAACCUUUCCACUUGUGGCUCUGUUUCGGUUUGUUCGGUAACUGAGGUCCUACAAUUAAAGUGUACAGUUUUUCCUACCCAAGUCUUAAAAUGCAGAUCACAGAAUGUCCUAUAUGUGGCCAUGUUGAGAUCUGAUACCCGAGACGUUGACCUGGUCUUAUAUUUAAGAGAAAAGCUAUCAAGUGGAAUGGCCGAUUAUUUCAUGUGGUCUUCCAAAAGCAAGGGUCAAACUAGAAGGGAAAUUGCAUGUUAAAUUUCAACUUGUCCCAUCCUAUGUUCUUGUUGGAAUUGGUAGUCGGACCACAGAUUACUUCCCAGUGAAACAAACAUGCACACUUGGCCAACCAUGCAGGUAUGUUAUAGUGGAGUUGGCAUGAGUAGUUAAGCCAGCAUUUGCCCAAUAAUUCAUGUUGUAUGGGCAGCAAAACCAAUUUGAAUGUAUGUAUUGAACACUGUGUGUAUACCAUAGGUACCCUUCUAAAGCUGGCCCCAACAGUACCAGAGAUAUACUUUACACUGGGCAUACGUACACGAGUGAAUACAUGUCCCUAUUCAUAAAACCAGUUAACAAAAAAAUAAAGCCAAUUCUAAUUACUGCUGUAUUUAUCAUUUACAUAUUGUAUAUAACAUAAGAUGACGUGCCUUGGUGUAUAUGCUAAGCUAAGGUUGCUAUCAAUUUACAUUUGAUUUUAAGAGCAUUGCUUUAGGAUUUGCUUUGGCAUGUUCAUCCCAGUCCAAUGGCUGCUUUUAAUGUACAGUAUGUUCUUUAGCAUACCAGUUCAAGUAGAAUUGCGUGCCAAUGCUUUGGGAAGCCUGUGUAGUCUGAAGAAACAUGGCUAGUCAUCUGUUAAGGCUCAAGUAUUACAGGCUUUUCACAUAUGGAAGACUAUAUUUUUUGUCUUAGUUUUUCAUCUAGCUCUCUGUUCAGGUGGACUUUGCAAUGUGUCAGAUUAUGAUGUCAUAAAUGUAAAGCAAAAAAACUAAAUAAAAGUACUUUUCUUAAUAUUGUAAACCA